AUGUCGACUGCUAGCCUUAAGAUCACCCACCUCACCUCAGUACACAAGCUUAUUGUGCCUUUAACCAUAAAAUGGGCUGACCUUGAGGAACAGAUUCGCAAUAUUUUCUCUAUUCCUUCCGAUACGCCUUUCCUUUUACGUUAUCGUGACGAGGACGGUGACUUGAUAACACUGAACUCCGACCUCGAAUUCGAACAAGUUCUUUGCACAGGUGCUCGCGUGAAGUUUUUGUUGACCUUACCUCAAGACGAAGUUGACCAACCAGAUACUGAUUGGGAUAUGAGUUCCACAAGUUCUUUUGAUACUAUCAGUGAAGAACCUGU